UCGCCCACGAAGCACUGUACUUACUACUCCUUAGGUACAUGUCAGUAUCGCUCCUAAUCCAUACACCUUUGCGUACGUGUAUCACCUGGUGACCUGCAUCUGGGAGCUACCCUACCUAUUGUGUGCUUUACAUCUCAUUAACCACUACCAUACCUCCAUCCUGCUCACAAUUGGGUAUCUAACUCGAUCCUCUUCAAUGCCUGCCGCUCGAAGUUGACAUCUCCCUGUUCCUCCAUAUCUUGGACAUGGACUGUGUUCGCUUUUGAUAAUUCUUGUCCUCGUUGCUCCCCCAUCAUGGAUCUCGCGCGCCAGGAAUAUCCGGCUAUGCUGGAAAGCCUACAGCCGCCGCAAGCCGUUGCGUUACUCAACGAUCGCAUCAAACAUGUCUCCAGGUUGAAUGCGGACAUAGCAGAUUGGCUCCAGGAACGACGUCGCGUUGAAGAACAAUACGCUCUGGGACUACGGAAACUUUCGCGCCGCCAACCACCGGACGACUCCUCUGAUUUAGGGACGUUCACAACACCAUGGCAAAAGAUCAUAACCGCGACAGAGACGAUGGCGGAAUCACACUUCCUUCUCGCGAAGAAGAUCGAGGCCGACGUGGAGCGAUCGUUGCGCGACUUCUCAUCCGCAAAUCGGGAAAUGCAAAACUUCACGAACAUCAGCGGCAACUUAGCCUCGCUAGCCAAAGAUGUCGACAUCUCCCACAAAAAGGCAGAGAAGCUCAAAGAUAAAGGCGGAAAGGUCGCAGCGGACAAGGUUGCGAGCGCAAAUGCGGACAUGGAGACGGCCCAAGGCCAAUGGGACUCGACCGCGCCAUUCGUCUUCGAGAAGUUGCAGGCGCUGGAUGAGACCAGGUGGAAUCACCUUCGAGACGCCCUGACACAAUUCCAAACGCACGAGGUGGAUCAAGUGGAGCGGAGUCGCAUCUCUGCUGAGGGGUGCUUGAAUGCCUUGCUCAACGUCGACACUUCGGACGAAAUCAAGACAUAUUGUCUCAGGGCACUGGAAGGCAAACCAAAGCUAGAGCGACAAAAGAGCAGGCCAUCAACCACAGCUGGGCAACCGAGUCUUGCACCUCCACGGUCGCAGCAUGGGGCGGGUCCAGAGGAUGGGUCUAGUCAGCGAUCGGGUUCCACAGUUCAAGAACAAUCGAUGCCCGCUAGGAAAGGUAUGAGUGGCCUGAAGCGUCUCGGGACCGUGAUCGGGCGCAAGAGACAGAGUACGAUUUACAGUAGCAACACUUCUACCGUGCCCCAGGAACGAAAAUCUGCCUCGAACCUUCACCAUAGCUUCUCACCUUUCAGCAGAAGGAAUCGGGACAAAGCACCCAUACCGGAAGAGCCUUCACCAUCUUUACCAAGUCACGAACCAGAACCCCCUCCAUCUCGGCAAGAAAUGACAACAAGCCCGGUUCUGUCCGAAAAGCCGAAUGGAGAGCCAAAUCUGCCUCACGUCACCAGUCCUACAGUUAACGGAACGCAACCUGAUAGCACCUCACCGCUCCAGGCACCAGUACAACCGGAAGCAAUAUCCCUCCCUGAGCUGCCCCGGGAUGCGGAUGGAUUUUCAGUUCCACCUUCGUCUGCAGAUCCCAUCUCCCAAGCUGAACAGGAAGCUGCAGCCUCAUCCGACGUCCAUGGGUCCCAAUUCAUGCUUGCGAUUCGAAAUGCUCCGAUCCCUGAAGAAGAGGCGGAUGCAGCCACCGCCCUCUCGAGUGUCCAAAAUGCGUUACUAGCGGGAGCACCGUCAAGGAAGACCGGAACCAUCCGUGGACGUCGCGAUGUCCGAAACACCAUCUACGUUCCAUCUCCAACGCUUGAAACACAAAACACGGAACCUUUACAACUAGGACCUGCUUCAGCACCUCUUUCGCCUGAUCAGGGCAGCCAAGUUUCGCACCCAUCUCCACUUAAACACAGUCAACGACAGGGACUUGGCGACGAUCUGGCCGCGUCGGACACGCAAUCGGUUCGAUCUGGCCGAUCGCUUGCUAGCUCCGCCAGUGCCACUAUUAAACACCCCGAGAUGCACGGCCCAGGGUUGAAUACGUCAGUUGUCGAGACUGUCAACGCUUGGUUUGAAAAGGGUGAGGUGACCAAAGCACACGUGAUAGGCGAGCUUGCCCUCGCAUUCAAUCCUACCGACAUCAACGCUCCCUUCGGCACCGACACCAUCCGACUGGACAAUUUCCCGGCCCUCGAGAAGGUCGCACCUAACCCGACGUUCGUAGAGCAGAUCACCGACAAACCGGGUACCUAUGUCGUCGACCUGGCGAAAAUCAUCAAGACCUCCGUCGCGUUUAAGUAUCAAGUGCAUUUGGAUUCGGACUCUCUUGCGGCCUACGCUCCCCUUCUCAUUGUUCCAGCUAGUCGAGUGGAAACCUCUCAAACGGACGUAAUCCUCAAUUGCACGCCCAACCCAGUCUUCGCUGGCGGUUCGAUCCCUUCCGUCACGCUUAGCAACGUCCUGAUCAUCGUCCACUUCGACACGUCCGCUGCACGCCCCGACUCCUGCAAGUUGCAACCACCUGGCAACUUCAACCGUGAGCGCAACCUCGCCUACUGGCGCCUCAACGACGUAAUCUUGGCGCCCGGCACGCAGCGCAAGUUGCGCAUGCGCCUCACGGGAGACGGGGUUGUCAAGGUCGGAAACGUCGAGGCGCGGUGGGAAAUCGUCGGAAGGAACGCGGCGAACGUGGGAAGCGGGUUAGGAGUGAGCAUGUUGGGGGAGAUCGGAGCUGCCGGAGCAACGGACGGUGCGGAUGAUCACGAUCCGUUUGCGGAUGAAGAGAACGAGGCGGAGGAGAAGAAGCAGAAGCUAAGGUGGACGGCAGUGGAGGCGGUACGAGGAUUCAGGAGCGGGACGUAUGUGUCAAGUUAGGGUGACACUUGCCGGAUUUUACAAUCAACUUGGGUCCGAGGAAGGAUCAAGCGGUUGAAAUAAACGAGUUAUUUACUUUCAAGCCAACGGAACGAUGUACAAACUCAUCGUGUUGGUCCAUGGACUGGGCUCGGACUGGAGCAUUCAAGAUUUAGCUUCUCAUGCUCAGCGGGGCUGACAUUCGUGAUAAACUACAUUUUCCUUUACAAGGCUAGACAGAAUAUGACUACAGGGUGACUGACUUGAUUCAACCCCAUCGCGUUCGUCCCCACCAUACUAUUGUCUCUGCUGCCAUCAGCACCCUUCCAGCGGAAUGCUAGGUCCACUAACAGUCUCCAAGUAUAAAAACAACUUUCGGCGAGG